AUGACGGCGCCUCGUCCUGAGGCUUCGGCGGCGGCGCAGGCAGAGCAGCAGGCGCCGGCUACCAUUGCUGCACCUACGGGAGCAGCAGGUACUGGGGCUGCAGCUCUUACGCGAGUUGCUGCUGAAGACCAUCAGGGUCAUGGGCCCAAAUCUGCUGGUAGAGGUGGCUCGGCUGCUGGCCAUCAGGGACGCGGUUUCCAGGCUGGCAGGGGCGGUCAUGCAGCAAUGGGUAACAGAGGGGGCGGUGGGCAGCAGGGUUACACGCGUUACAAUAAUCAAUGGAACGAGUUCAACAAUCGCCCCAACUGGAAUUCAGGAGGGGGACAUGGUGGUGGAGGAAACCAAUGGCAUCGACCCUUCCAACCACCUGAGGGGAAUUUCGUUGAAGUCCUUGCUCCUCCUCGUCUUGAGAUUUCAAGGACGGGCAUGGUAAAAGUGACUAAUGGUGAGUUGACGGCCGAACAAGUGUCUCAACAGAUGAAAAGGCUCGUUUCUGAGACAUAUAAUUGGGAUCCUAUAAGGGUAGAUGAUAAUUCCUAUCAGGUGGAGUUCCCUAGAAGAGAAGACCUGCAACGAUUACUCACAUUUGGUGUUAGUAAGGUCAGUUGGAGCAAAUGCUUACUGGAGUUCGAGGAAUGUAUUAAACCUGCACCACAGGGUAUUCGGUUACAGAAGAGGUGGAUCAGAUUUGCAGAUAUUCCAGAGAUUCUACUCAAUAAUUUCCUUAUCGUAUGGAGCUUGGGUUCGUUGAUUGGGAAGACUGAGAAGGUAGAUAUGCCAUUCACUCGUAAAAGGGGGAUUGCAAGAUUGCUUGUGAUGGUGCUUGACGUGGAGCAGAUACCAGAUUUUGCUCCAUGGUCUUAUGAUGGACUGCACUAUGACCUCGAUGUGGAGGUUGAGGAGGUGGUUCAUCAGAAAACACAGGAUGGCGAUGUGCUAAUGGCUGAUGGCGAGGAUAGAGAUAGAGAUUGUGGUGAUGCUAAUCAGGAUAGGUCUCCUCAGGCACCAACGGAUAACAUCAGCCCCUCCAUGCCUACAUCUAAUAAACCGACUGUCACAGGGUGUGCUACGUCCUCUUCUCAUAUGCAUAUGGCCGAACUGAGGUUUGGAUCAUUCAAGGUAAUGUCAACCUUAGGAGAGGAGGUUAGUGAACAGGCUUGGGAACAGUUGACUCUGCAGGACACCUCUUAUGCAUUCGGUACCUCAUUUGAGAGGGGUGCCCCGAUGCAAAUUCCUAAUAAGAAGGAUGAUAUGCACUGUACUGCAGCCAUCCCGAAAGUUGAUCCCAAGCCUAUUGCUGCUGAUCUGAACAGGCUCAUGGAGGCUGCACACUCACACACACCAGACUCAUCUCUCAAUACACCUGCUGGUCCGAACAAGAAGUCGGCCAUCAGGGAAAAUUCUGAGUCGGCGCAGGAGUGGGCAAAUGUAGCAACCCCGCCCCCAUCUCAUAAUGUUGUUGCUGAUGAGCCAAUGUCUUGGUGCAAGGACUAUUGCUUUUCAAGUAGUAAGCAGCAAAUAUAUUCGUUUAUAUCUGAUAAUCCUAUAUUUGAUUCACCUCUUGACCACAAUUAUGUUCAAAAUGCGACAAUAGGGAAGGAUAACAUUGAGUUUUCCAAAGAGGAUGUGAUCUCGUUUGGUGGGAUUCCUGAUCCGUCUACGGAAGAUAGACGCUUCAGUCAGCGGAUUCAGGAGGUGCCUGAUGCUGAUGAUAUGUCCAUGGGGCGUGCUAUGAGGGCUGCCAAGAUUCGAGACACUGAGAUGACUACACGAGGGGUCGAAUUCGAUUGGCAUUGUCUGCCACCAAGGGGAAGAUCCGGUGGAUUUUUACUUGGAGUCAAGUGUGAGACUCUAGAGGUGAUGAGCGUCAUUUUUGGGGAGUUCACCGUCAAAUUUCGUGUCAGGUCGAAAGUUGAUGGCUUCAAAUGGGCUCUAGUGGCGGUAUAUGGGGCGGCACAACCACAACUCAAACCUGAUUUUCUAGCAGAUCUGGUUAGAAUUUGUGGGAAUGAAACGCUACCAAUUUUAGUGGGAGGAGAUUUUAAUAUCGUUCGAAGGCAGGAUGAAAAAAACAAUGAUAAUUUUGACACUAGAUGGUCAAUGAUGUUUAAUAUGGUGAUUGAAAGCCUAAAUCUGCGAGAGAUCGAGCUUACUGGUAGACAAUUCACAUGGGCUAACUCAUUACCUGUGCCAACAUAUGAAAAGUUGGAUCGGGUUCUUUCUACUGUUGAUUGGGAGCAGAAGUACCCUUUGGUUAAUGCGCAUGCCUUACAUAGAGCUAUUUCAGAUCACACUCCUAUUUCUAAACAAAGACUCAUCACUCUCAUUGACGAUUUAGACAUUAAGACCGAGUCGUGCCAACUAAGUUUGUUUGAAAGAAAUAUUAAGAAUGAUGCUGAGAUCAAACUACAAAAACUUUUGAGAGAGGAAGAGCUCAAAUGGGCUAGUAGAGCUAAGGUGAUGAACGUCGCCUAUGGGGACGACAACACUAAGUUCUUUCAUAUGAUUGCAAAUGGCAAACAUCGAAAGAAGAAAAUUAUCCAGUUAGAACAAGAUGAAGGAACAAUUAUAGGACAUGAGAAUUUAAAAUCUUAUAUUACUAAAUAUUAUAAGAGUCUUUUUAGUGCACCUAGGGAGUCGUCGAUAUCCUUAGAUGAAAACAAGGUUAAUGAUAUACCUCAACUCAAUGAACAGGAGUAUGAGGUUUUAUCAGCCCCGUUUACAGAAAAAGAGGUGUCUGAAGCAAUUACUAGCAUGAAACAAAAUACAGCGCCGGGACCUGAUGGGUUUCCGGCAGAGUUUUAUAAAAAGUGUUGGCACAUGAUUAAGGGGGAUCUCAUGCCUAUGUUCCAAGAUUUGUUCAAUGGACAAUUACAGUUAUUCCACCUUAACUUUGGAACAAUUACGCUUUUGCCAAAAAAGGCGGAUGCUAUGCGUAUUCAGCAGUUUAGACCGAUUUGCUUACUUAAUGUCAGUUUCAAAAUUUUCACAAAGGUUGCCACUAAUAGAUUAACGAAGAUAGCAGAUUCUGUGGUUCAGCCAACACAGUCGGCGUUUAUGCCAGGGAGACACAUCUUGGAGGGCGUGGUUGUCCUGCAUGAAACGGUCCACGAAAUGCACACACAAAAAAUAGACGGAGUUAUUUUUAAAGUGGACUUUGAGAAAGCCUAUGAUAAAGUCAAAUGGUCUUUCCUGCAACAAGCCUUAAGGAUGAAAGGAUUCAAUGAGAGAUGGAGAAAUCAGGUUGAUACUUUCAUCCACAAAGGGAGUGUAGGAGUGAAAGUAAAUGAUGACAUUGGUCACUACUUCCAAACGCAUAAGGGAUUAAGGCAGGGUGACUCAAUGUCUCCGAUGUUGUUUAACAUAGUAGCAGAUAUGUUGACAAUACUCAUUGAUAGGGCCAAACACAUGGGUCAUGUAGGUCGUUUAAUUCCACAUCUGAUUGACGGGGGAAUUUCCAUUUUACAAUAUGCAGAUGAUACAAUUAUUUUCAUGGAGCAUGAUAUGCAGAAAGCGAUUAAUAUGAAAUUGGUGUUAUGUUUAUUUGAACAACUGUCAGGGUUAAAAAUAAACUUUAACAAAAGUGAACUCAUUUGCUUUGGAAAAGCGAAGGAGGAGCAGGAUGCUUACAGACAGUUAUUUAGAUGUCAAAUAGGAGCACUUCCAAUUAACUACCUCGGGAUUCCGAUUCAUCAUAGGCGACUAACAAUUAAAGAGUGGAAAUGCAUUGAAGAACGAUUUGAAAAGAAAUUAAGCUGCUGGAAGGGUAAGCUUAUGUCCUAUGGAGGAAGGCUGGUGUUAAUUAAUUCGGUGUUAACAAGCCUACCCAUGUUCUUAUUGUCUUUCUUUGAGAUACCCGUAGGGGUACGAAAAAGAUUAGAUUUUUACAGAUCGCGGUUCUUUUGGCAAAGUGAUGAUAAUAAGAAGAAAUACGGAUUGGCGCGUUGGGAUAUAAUUUGCAGACCCAAAGACCAGGGGAGAUUGGGCAUAGAGAAUCUGGAAGUAAAAAACAGAUGUCUACUCAGUAAAUGGUUGUAUAGAUUAUCCACAGAGACAGAAGGAAUGUGGAUUCAAAUAAUUAAGAAUAAAUAUCUAAGCUCAAAAUCACUAGCGCAGGCAACUGCUAGACCUGAUGACUCUCCUUUUUGGAAAGGGUUAAUGAAGAAUAAGAUCAAUUUUUUCCAGAGGCAGCGGCGGCGGCGGCAGCGAAUCGCCCAUGGUCUGCGGCGGCGGCGGUUGCGGCGGCCGGCGGUGAGGCGGAACUACCGCCGCGCCUCACAGGCCCCGCCACCGCGCCGCCGUAGUUCCAUCUCACCGCCGGCCGCCGCAACCGCCGCCGCCGCAGACCAUGAGCGAUUCGCCGCCGCCGCCGCCGCUGCUAGGUUUAGGGUUCGUGUGUGA